ACCUUUUAUCUUUCUACCUAGAACUCGCCCGACUCUUUCUUGCCCCAUUAUCCUCUCACAGGACUUCGCACCGUAUGAACAUCAUCUAGAUCAUUUACGCAGCAGAAGGACCAACUACCUGCCGUAGCCUGGUCUAAAUCGCGGUCAUCUCCAACACCGCUUGAUUUGACCCUCAUCAGAGGGGCCGUGAAGACAGUCUGAAGGCGUCUGCGGGCGUGGACUGAUUCAUAGAUAAGCGUAUUCAACAUGGCUGUGCAGGACGCAAUACAGUUCAAGGAGCAGGGGAAUAAGCUGUUCCUCAAAGGUCAAUAUGCCGGUGCAGAAGGGCUCUACUCUCAAGCAACGUUCAGAAUUGUGGCUGACCCCAAGGACCCGAAACUCUACACCAACCGUGCCAUGGCGCGAUGCAAGCUCAGGCGGUGGGAGGAUGCCAUCGCUGACUGCCAGACAUGCCUCUCCCUGACCCCCGAUAACAUGAAAGCCAUCUUCUACAAGGCUGAGGCCCAGCUGGAGCUCAAGGACUUCGACAACGCUCUGCAGAGCGCACAGCACGCCUAUGAGCUCUACUCCCACUCUGAAGACGGCCUCAAGUCUUUAGGCUCCGUGACCAAACUCGUCUUGCGGUGCAAGAAGGAGCGUUGGGAGGAUAAGGAGCGCCGACGCUUACGCGAGAGAUCUGAACUGGAGAGGGAGCUUGUCGAGCUGAUGGAGAACGAGCGGGGCACCGCUAUCCUCCUGGCCACGAAUGACGCAGAGCUGCGAGAUAUCCAGGACGAGUGGGAAGCCAAGAUAGAAACGCUGAGGGGCACGUUCCAGCUGGCACGCGGCGAGCAGGGCAAACGACGGGAAGUGCCAGACUGGGCCAUUGACGAUAUCUCAUUCGGAAUCAUGGUCGACCCGGUCAUGACCAAGACGGGAAAGUCUUACGAGAGGGCGUCGCUCAUGGAACACCUCAAGAGGUCCAAAACAGACCCCAUCACGCGCGAGCACCUCGAAGUCUCCGAUCUGCGGCCCAACCUCGAUCUUCGGGCUGCCUGUGCAGAGUUUCUGGAGGAGAACGGCUGGGCUGUGGAUUGGUGA